GAAAUCCCAGAAUGCACUGCAGCUCAGGUCCCGUUUCCGUGACAACACUGCCCACGCAGUCCAAAGGUCGCCUUGUUCGAGGGGAAAAAGUGACAGGUGAGCCUGGUCACGUGACCAUCUUUGUGACUGCACCCACAACCCGAUAGGCUGGGGCCAGACAGUGAUGUUAUCUGAUAGGCUGUAACCGCGCAGACGGUUGAAAAGGAGAAGGAGAGAAGAAGAGGAAGGCAGAAGUCAAAGAGGAGAAACGGAGGAGCAGGACGAGAGGAGACGAGAGAGGAGGAGGUGAUGGAGCGCAGCGUGAUCCGUCUGACUCACUGUCAGAAGGAGAUCUUCUGCUUCUCUGUGCCGGAGCAGUGCCCGAGCUGCGGGGAGGAGCUGAGGGGGAGCAGACUGCAGGAGGCGCCAGUCAGCCUCCCCUCCCCCUUCACCAAUGGGCACAAGACGUCCUGCUGCCUGCUGGUCACACCUGCACACGACAACCUGGACAGAGACUUUGAUGGGGCGGCUGAUCUUCACACCGGCAUCUCCAACACCAAAGGUGUUGUGUAUAACUACACUCGUGGCGGCGUCCGCAGGGAUCAGAGCGGCUGGGAGCGCAGCAUCAGCGUCCCUCUGGUCCGACCCGACAUGUUCCACCUGCUCGCUCAGUGGGACCAGUACCUGGAGCGCUUCUCUGACGGGCCUAUGUGGGACCCUGCCUGGCACAGGUUUGAUGAAAACAACCACAACUGCUUCAGCUUCUGCUUGCACUUUGUGAACGGCGUUCUGGCAGCCGAGGGCCGCGGCGCUCUGAGCAGAGACGACUUCACCCACACCUUCAUCCUGCCGAGGAUGAGGAGGGUGUCCAAAUACACCACGCUGUACCGGCACAUCCAGAAACACCAGUUCUACAAGGUGGACCGACAGCAGCACGCUCAGGGGGCGGAGCCCAGCAGCUGAGCAGCUGUCAUUGGUCACAUGUGACGCUUCAGUGUCAGACCUGAUGUGCAAUGAACUGACCUACGCACACACACAGACACAGACACACAGCUUUGGUUCAUGUCUGUGUGUGUGAGGAUUUGAACCUGGGGCUGCUCGUCCUCCACCUGAUCUUCUUUAGCUCGUUAGUUGUGUGAAUUUUGACCUUUUGUUGUCCCUGAGCCACACCGAGGGUCUCAGAGGAAAUUACAUCUUUUAUUUUAUUCUGAAAUAAAGUUUCUUAAAUCACACUUCCUGCAGCUCUCUGGCGUGGAGCUGCAGGUUUUCACCCUCAGGGGGCAGAAUGUGGCGGGAUGGUCAUCGCCAUGACCGUGAAAGUACGACCAUGCAGCAUUUAAAGCGUGGAAGUACUCACAUUACUUUGAGUUUUAGUCCAUAAAAAGUGAUAAAAACAUUAGCGUCCACUGUACACUCUGCGUGGGAAGAAAACUUCUUACAGCGAAACAUUAAACUUCAGAUCUGAGCGAGCAGCGAGCACGCUGCCACGGGAACGUGACAUUCACAGAGAAACCCCCGGAUCCUCCCACUGACAUGACCGCUGUGGGCAAACCUCCACCCGCCCCACUCCUGCUAAACUGGUGACAAUAAAUUUAAGAGCAACACGACUCAGUGCUGCUGAAUCUGUGAUUUUAUUUCUUUUCUGAUGUGUUUUACUUUCAUCUGUUGGAAAGAGUAUAUACACAAAACACGAUUUUAUUUUAUAUGCUGCAGGUGAUAGGUUAAAUGUUA